ACCAGGCGGAGCUUCGCUUCUGUUUCUGUAGCAGGUUACAGUUUAACUCCAGCCUGUCAAACAUGACUUGAUUGGAAAGAACAAAUAUUUAUUUACUGCAUUCCAAGAAGAACAGAGCAGCAGCGUGUCGUGGCUUGGACGUGUUUAACAGGUUGCCAUGGAUACCACCGCCUCCCUGAAGAUGACCUCUCUGGCCGUCCAGAGUCUGUUCAGCUACGUGGAGGAGGAGAACCUGGCUGCUGUCAGGGCCCACCUGGACAAGUUCAGAGAUGUUGACUGCAGGAGUGAUAACGGCCAGACUCCCCUGAUGGUGGCGGCGGAGCUGGGCAAUCUGGAGAUCGUACAGGAACUGAUCCGGAGAGGAGCCACCGUCAACAUGGACGACGUUGACUGCUGGACGGCUCUGAUCUCCGCCGCUAAGGAGGGACACUUCGAGGUGGUGAGGGAACUCCUGGAGAACAAUGCCAACCUGGAGCACAGGGACAUGGGAGGGUGGACUGCGCUCAUGUGGGCCGCCUAUAAAGGCCGGACGGAGGUGGCCCAGCUGCUUCUGGAGAAAGGAGCUAAUCCCAACAUCACUGGACAGUACAGCGUCUACCCCAUCAUCUGGGCGGCUGGCCGUGGCCACGCUGAGAUUGUCCAUCUCCUGCUGCAGCAUGGAGCCAAAGUCAACUGCUCUGACAAGUACGGUACCACGCCUCUGAUCUGGGCUGCCAGGAAGAACCACUAUGACAGCGUAAUGCACCUUUUGGAGAACGGAGCUGAUGUGGAUCAGGAAGGAGCAAACUCCAUGACGGCUCUGAUCGUGGCGGUGAAAGGAGGCCACACAGACGUGGUCAAAGAGCUGCUAAAGAGGAACCCUAACGUGAACAUGACUGACAAGGACGGCAACACCGCGCUCGCCAUCGCUGCCAAGGAGGGCCACACCGAGAUCGUGCAGGACUUGCUGGAUGCCGGGACCUACGUCAACAUCCCAGACCGGAGCGGAGAGACGGUGCUGAUUGGAGCGGUGAGAGGAGGCCAUGUGGAGAUAGUUCGAGCUCUGCUGAACAAAUACGCUGAUGUUGACGUCAGGGGCCAGGAUGGAAAGACUGCCCUCUACUGGGCAGUGGAGAAAGGCAAUGCUGCCAUGGUGAGGGACAUCCUGCAGUGUAAUCCUGAUACAGAAAGCUGCACCAAGGAAGGAGAGACGCCGCUUAUUAAAGCCACAAAAAUGAGGAACAUAGAGAUAGUGGAGCUGCUGCUGGAUAAAGGAGCCAAAGUGUCUGAAGUGGACAGGAAAGGAGACACCGCCCUCCACAUCGCCAUCCGUGGACGGAGCCGAAAGUUGGCCGAGCUGCUGCUUAGGAACCCAAAAGAUGGCCGCCUCCUGUACCGCCCCAACAAAGCCGGGGAGACGCCGUACAACAUCGACUGCACCCACCAGAAAAGCAUCCUGACGCAGAUAUUCGGAGCCAAGCACCUCUCCCCGACCGAAUCGGAUGGAGACAUGCUGGGAUAUGACCUGUACAGCAGCGCCCUGGCUGACAUCCUCAGCGAGCCCACCAUGCAGCCGCCCAUCUGCGUUGGCCUGUACGCCCAGUGGGGCAGUGGAAAAUCUUUCCUCCUUAAAAAGCUUGAGGAUGAGAUGAAGACCUUUGCAGGCCAGCAGAUCGAGCCUCUGUUCCAGUUCUCCUGGCUCGUGGUCCUCCUGGCGCUGCUCCUCUGUGGCUCGGUGGCCAUCGUCCUGGGUUUUACCGUUGAUCCCAAGCUGGCGAUCGCCGUCUCCCUCAGCCUCCUGGCCCUGCUUUACAUCUUCUUUGUGUUGGUGUACUUCGGAAGCCGGCGUGAGAGGGAAAGCUGGCGCUGGGCGUGGGUCAUCAGCACCCGUCUGGCCCGUCAGAUCGGCUACAUGGAGCUGCUGCUCAAACUGAUGUUUGUCAACCCGCUGGAGCUUCCUGAGCAGACGACCCGGGCCCUGCCUGUCAGGUUCCUGUUCACCGACUAUAACCGCCUGUCCAGCGUUGGCGGGGAGACCUCCCUGGCUGAGAUGAUCGCCACGCUGUCGGACGCCUGUGAGAGGGAGUUCGGCUUCCUGGCCACCAGGUUGUUCAGGGUCUUCAUGAACGAUGAGAUCAAAGGUCAGAAAUGGAAGAAAACGUGUUGCCUUCCUUCCUUUGUGGUGUUUUCUCUGACGCUGAUUUGCCUGAUCAGCGGAGUGGUACUGUUGGCCAUCUUUAAGGUGGACCCUGAAAACCUGACGGUGAACGCCGUGCUGAUAGCCAUGGCCAGCGUGGUCGGCCUGGCCCUGCUGCUCAACUUUCGCACCUGGUGGCAGGUGGCCGACUCUGUCCUUAACUCCCAGAGGAAGCGGCUGCAUGGCGCCGCCAACAACUUGCAUAAGCUGAAGAGCGAAGGAUUUAUGAAGGUCCUGAAGCACGAAGUUGAGAUGAUGUCAAAGAUGGCCAAAACGAUCGACGGCUUCACCCAGAACCAAACCCGCAUGGCCGUCAUCAUCGACGGGCUGGACGCCUGUGAGCAGGACAAAGUGCUGCAGAUGCUGGACACGGUGAGGGUUCUCUUCUCCAAGGGUCCUUUCAUCUCCAUCUUCGCCAGCGACCCGCACAUCAUCAUCAAAGCCAUCAACCAAAACCUGAACAGCGUGCUGAGAGACUCGAACAUCAACGGCCACGACUACAUGAGAAACAUCGUCCACCUGCCGGUGUUUCUCAACAGCAGAGGACUCAGCCGAGCCAAAAAGCUUUGCUUGGCCACUCCCACCAACGGCGAGGCCAUGCCAGCAGAGGGGUGGCAUGAAGACAUGGACAGAAAGGUGUCUCAGAACAGCCUUUCCCAGGAACAGGCCAAGCUGGGCAGCAGGAACGCUCUCAACCGAAGGGACACGUAUCGCCGUCGGCAGAUGCAGAGGACCCUCACCAGGCAAAUGUCCUUCGACCUUACCAAGCUGCUGGUGACUGAGGACUGGUUCUGUGACAUCAGUCCGCAGACCAUGAGGAGGCUUCUCAACAUCGUGUCCAUCACCGGUCGUCUGCUGCGGGCCAAUCAGAUCCUCUUCAACUGGGACCGCUUGGCGUCGUGGAUCCACCUGACGGAGGAGUGGCCGUACAGGACGUCAUGGAUCAUCCUGUUCCUGGAGGAGGCUGAAGGAGUGUCGGAUCAGAUCACACUCAAGACCGUCUACGAAAGAAUCUCCAAAAACAUCCCCACCACCAAGGAUGUGGAGCCGCUGCUGGAAAUCGAUGGAGACAUCCGCAGCUUUGAGGUCUUCCUCUCCUCCAGGACGCCCGUUCUCGUGGCCAGAGAUGUGGAGAUGUUUCUACCCUGCACCGUCAACCUUGACCCCAAACUCAGGGAGAUCAUAGCAGACGUGCGUGCGGCCAGGGAUCAGAUGCAUUUAGGAGGGGUGACCUAUCCCACGCUGCCCCUGCAGGAGGCAGCGCCCCGUCCCCAGUCCGGGUACGGCCAGCUCUCCGCCGCCUGCUCCCCAAGCGGCUCCUUCGCCGGGUCCCUGCCGCCGCAGCCCCACAGCUCCUACUUCAGCGGGAUGACGGGCCCCCAGCACCCGUUCUACAACCGGCCAUAUUUCCCCCAUCAUGUGUACCACCUGCCACGACAUUACCCUCACCAUGUUCCCUCAUCCUCGCGUCCUUCCAUUAAACAGCCCAGCCCACCUCAGGACACCAGCGGACUAGAUGUUAUUGCAGAGGAUGCCAGGGAGGGCCUCCCCUCAAGCCCCUGUGACCCGGCUAUGAUGUGUCCGGCGGUGCCGCUCAGCUCUUUGGGGACAGACGGAGUGUGCGAACGCCUCAAGCAGAUCGACGGCAUGGACCCCAACAUGUUGCCUCAGUACGCAGCAACAAUCGCAAAGGCUAACAUAAAUGGACGCGUGCUAACUCACUGCAACCUGGACGAGCUGAAGAAAGAGAUGGAGAUGAACUUUGGUGACUGGCAACUUUUCAGAGGAAUGGUGAUGGAGCAGCGACAUGCCGAAACCCAGGCGGCGCUUCAGGAGGAGUGCCGAGCAGCCAGUGAGCAAGGCAGCAUCGUGCACCAGGGGGAGCCCAGCAGACGCCCGGCGGGGCCCCAGAGGGAAACGGGGGGCUUCAGCCUCAGCCUAAGUUUCGAGGAGCUCAGUGGAGCGGGGCUGGAAGAGCCUCCGAGACGCAGCACCAACUCCCAGUGGACGGUGACCAACCACCACACCUCCAGCAUGUCCAGCCUCAACUCCCAGGAAUCCUCCAAUGACAUCUGCAAGCUGACCGACAAGCAGCAGGCGGAGUAUCGAGACGCCUACAGGGAGUACAUCGCCCAGAUGGCCCAGCUGGAGAUGUCCGGCGGUGGGGGAGAAAGGCCCGUCCAGCCCCACCCGGGCCAGUUCCUCCAGGCCGCCAGCGCUGAGGACAAAGGGGCUAAGGAGGGAGCCGAGCCGGACGGCCGUAAGCCCUUCAACAAGAGGGCCUCCAAGAGCGGCGAGCUCACAGACUUCGCCUCGGGGGCCGACGCUCAGCUCCUGGAUCCCAUCAGCGAAGAGGAUGAGAAGCUGGACCACAGCUUGUCCUCCAGGACCCCGGGCUCCAAGAAGAAAGGAGCCGGCUCCUUCUAUCACCAGCUUCCCAGCGAAGAGGAGUGGGGCCCAGAGGAAGCCGACACCACCACGCCGCUCCUCCACAAAGAGGGCCGAGCCGCUCCUCCGCCUCUGCUCGCAGCCAAGCCUGGCCUCCUCACAGACAUCCUCCUGGAUAAGAAGGACUCCUCCGACUCAGGGAUGCGCUCCAGCGACAGCUCCCCAGACGCCUCCCUGGAGGAGUCGGACGGAGGGCGGGGCCUCCUGAAGCCCAGCCUGAUCGAGCUGGAGCUGGAGGGCCUGGUGAAGAAGAGGGGCCUCCUCCCCAGCAGGCUGAGCGGCCUGCAGGACGCGGCGGUGGCCCGCAUGUCCAUCUGCUCCGACGCGCCGUCCGAGGCCAGCCUGAUGGCCAGCAGCCCGGACGAGGGGUGGCCCUCCGACGCCGUCGGCAACCUCAACCGCUCCGCCAGCAGCACCACCCUCAACAACAACUCGGGCGCCGGCGACAACACCAACUCUAACUCCAACAACAGCCGCCAGCGGCAGGAGGCGCCGUUAGACUCAGGCGUCCUCAUCAUCCACCCAGGAAGCACCACCUCCGCCGCCGCCCACCAGAACCAGAACCUGCGCUCCAUCAGCCUGGGCGAUGAGCGGGAGAGCGUUCUGUGAGGUCGGCAGGUUUCUGGGUUCUCCUCCUCUAGCAGCCGUUGGGCUCUGAGCAGGAUCGUCUCCUGGUCGCUCUCCGCUCCUCUUGCUGCUUAAUGUGAAAUGUUUGUGUUUAUUGAAGGAAUGAAAUCUGUUCUCAGUGAUAAAACUAAGAAACUAGGUGUUGUUUUGGGAGAGUUUCCCCUCAGAGCUGCUGCAUGCUGCGGUUCUGCUUGUUUGGUGUCUGUAGGAGAAAAUGAUGAUAGACUCGCUGUUACAUGUUGUGUUUGGUGAAUGAAUAAAACUUCUCACGGCCCCCAGGAGUCGUCUGUCGCUCGUUUGUUUUCCAAAAUUUGUCUGGAAACUUCCUCAGCAGUCAGCCGCAAAAUCAGGAAUUUGAUUUAAAGGUUUGUUUUUUA